GUGGAUUUAACGUCAGUUUGUCGAAGAUGGAGGAAGUCUGCGGAGCCGUUUUUAUUCCUCAAACACGGAGACCAGCAGAUCAACUCUGCAGUCAAAACCACGUGUGGAUGAAUUCAUCACAUGCCGCCCAGUCGCCAGAUUUAACGGGAAGUUCACCGCAAAAUAAAAGUGUAGACGUUAUCUACUCCCCCUCAUCCCGACGGAGAGUCAGAAUCAAACAGCAGACGUCUGAUCAUUUUCCUGUCAGUGAUGUCACAGCGCGCUCCGUCCAAUCAGGUCGCUUAUUUCAUCCUCAAAAAGUGUCUGGACUCUGUACGAGCAGGUCACUCAGUCAGAGUCUUCAUCAUCAUCAUCAUCAUCACUCAGCCUGUCUAAUGGGACUCGGUGAAGGAGAAAUGUCACAGCAUCAGCAUCAUGAGAUGAGUGCCGUCCUCCGAGCCUCCAGUCUUCCUCUGGUUCGCUCUGCGCUGCAGCAGAUGACCUCGGCGUACUUGGAGGUCAAAGGUCGUUACCCUCUGCUGCGUCUGAUGGGAGGAGUCGCCGAGGUCGGAGUACGCAGCGUCUCCCAAGUCGCCAUGACGCAAGCCACGCCGCUUCUGCAGAGUCUGGAGCCGCAGAUUGAAGUCGCCAACAGUUUUGCUCUCGUUGGUCUCGACCGUCUGGAGAAAAACUUCCCCAUCCUGAACCAGUCCACAGACGAGGUCAUGGGACACCUGAAGGACGCCUUCUUCCUGACGCUGGACGACGUGCAGCUGUGGGUGGUGGACGGGAUGGACGGCGCUCUGGAUCAGCUGGAGCGGCUGUCCGACUCCGCUGUGGCGGCCAUGCGCCUGCUGCAGGACACUCAGGUGGGCCGAGCCGCCACGUCUGGGCUGGACGACGUGCUGAGCCGUCUGGAGGACGCCACCGCCUACUACCUGCCCCUCCCGCCCACGCUGCGUCGGGAGUGGGAGAUGAGGGUGCAGGAGUACGAGGAUGAAGACGAGGACGCGGAUGAGCCCAGUCUGUGGACGAGGGUCCGCAGCCUCCUGCUGAGUCUGUACCUGCAGCUUUAUCACCGCAUGAACAAGAUCAGAGAGCAGCUGCAGAGAGCCGUCAGGACGAUGGGAGACGCUGCAGACAAGGUGGGCCUGAGUGGCGUCCUGGACCUGGUCGGUGAGCUGCUGGACUACCUGCAGCGCCUCCUGGUGGCGCUGGUGUACCGCGCAGAGAAUCUCAAAGAGCUGACGGUGGGCGGAGUCAGAAACCAGGCCGUCAUGCUGGCCGAGCUGCGUCCCAUCCGUCAGGUCAGAGAGCUGCCGGUUCAGAUCCAGCAGCUGCUCGGAGACCUGCAGGAACUCACCAAGCUCCUCCUGCAGCUGGUGAUCAACGCCACGCCGCUCUAUAACAUGCUGCAGCAGCCGUCUGCUCAGGAGGUCGAGGACUUCCUGAACCAGGAGGACUUCACCGCAGAGACUUCGUCUCGCCGCAGCUCCGCCAACAGUCUCUUCCUGAAGGCCAUGGACGGACGCCCUCGCCGCCGCCGCAGUCUGUACUCCCGUGCCGCCAGGGGCUCCUCGGGCUCUGCGGGCCCCCAGAGCCCCCCUGGCCCUCAGAGUCCCGACCCCUCCAACGGCCCCCGCCGCCGCUCCAGCCUGAAGGACGUCCCGGCCCUGGAGGUGGAGGGCCUGCAGAUCCCUUCCGAGGGCUUUGCGCACCGUCGUCCGUCCGCCACCGACCUGCUGCUCGCGCCGCUCAAACAAUUCGUCUCUCAGAGCCAGAAGGCCUUCGAGUACCUGAGUCCCAACUCCCCCGAAAACGCCACCAACGGCACCAACGGCACGGGAACGGACGACUCUUAAACACCACGCCGAGGUCUCCGAUCCGCGACCGAUUAGCACCGCCGCCGGUCCCGCCGCCCGAACAAUCGCAGCGUCCCGUCUCCGAUGACGACACGUCUCUGCCUCAGCUGGUGUUGGUUUGUUCGUACACGUUCAUCAACAGAGCGAUCGGAAAAUUAGUUUAACCCUUUGAAACCACGACAGACGCUCAGGCAGCUUUCGUUAGCGUUAAAAUGAGGAACUUGGCAAUAAAUUCUCCAAAAACUGAAAGAAAUUAGCAAAAGGUGUCAAGAAACUGGCUUUAAAAUUUGCUUUACAAAAAGGGGGGGGGGAUUAUUUGAAAAUUAUUUUGAAAAAAAUUUUUUUUAAAUAGGCAAAGAUGUCCAGAGAACUCUAAUUUUAAUUAUUGGAACUUCAUAUUUAAAAUUGUUUCUUUUCUUUCAUUUCCUUGUUAUGUAAUUUUCUUGUAUGUUUUUGCUA